AUGUUUGCAGUGGAGUGGAGCAAGGCUCUAAGGUUGGACGAAACGAGCAUUCAGCUUCUGGAAAAAAUUGAAGAACAGGUUCUUCAGGAGCUAAAAACCGCGGAUACGCAUGUUCUUUCUGCAUUGGUUUGGCUAAACGAGAUGCAAAUGCGAGAUGAUGCAUUCGACCUUGAAGAGAUCUUAGGAAUCCCCAGCGAACUAUGGACACAUCAAGACAUGAGUGGCAUUACGACCGAGAACGACAGUCUGGUUGUAGAUGUAUUUCAUUGGACGCUUCUCCAUUACGAGGCCGCAACUGGUGAGCCCAGCAGUUUAUCACCGUCUGACUUUCUCACAGCAGUGAACAUGAGAGAUCUUUCAGGACAGACACCUCUGCAUGUGGCUGUUGGAACGGAUAACAUAAGGCUUCUUUCAAACCUACUAGAAGCAGGUGCAUUCCUUGAUGAUAAGCGAACAGACGGAAAGACCGCACUUCAUUGUGCCGUUCUGAACGCAAAGUUUGACUCCGUCAGAAUGCUCAUAGAGGCAGGAGCCAAUGUGAAUGCUACGGAUAAUUGGAAGCAGACGCCACUUCAUCUAGCUGCAUGGUUCGGUGACCGAGAAACCAUCCAUUAUCUCUUGAAGUCCGCCAACUCAUUGGCGGCAGAUAUCGAGGGGAGGACGCCCUUGCACAUCUCAGUACUCUCCCGCUUCCAAUGGAGUUGUGAAUCGUUCCUUGACGUAAACAAAGAUCUCAUACAUGCGACGGAUGAAAGAGGCUGGACACCGUUGCAUCUCGCAGUGAGCCUGGGUUCCAUGAGUUUAGUGAAGCUACUGACAGGUUGUGGAGCCCGGAUCAAGAAAAAGGCCCAUGACUCUCCGCAAGGUCAGACUCCCUUAGAUCUGGCUGCCAGUGGUGGGCACGAAGACAUAGUGGGCUUUCUUCUGGAGAACAACGCAUACCCUGUUAGAGCUGCGCGUACUGUUUUACCCGCAGAGUCAAGGACACCAUUGUACUAUGCAGUUGUACAUGGGCAAAGAAAGACCAUGGAGCUCCUGUUGGACCACGGGCUGACUGUGUAUGAGUACACAGAUUUGGGGAAAACCUUGCUCCACUAUGCAGCGCAGCAAGGGAUGGCCGAGAUGAUCCCGCGCUUGAUCUCACGCGGUGUUUAUGUUGACUCUCGAGAUGAAACCCAUCGCACUCCUUUACAUUGUGCGGCUGAACAUGGAGAAACAGAGGCAGCUCGCAGUCUUCUGGAAGCCCAGGCUAAAGUAGAUGCUCGGACCUACCCACAACACCAGACACCGCUUUUUACUGCAUGCAAAUUAGGACGGUUGGAGGUAGCUCAACUGCUGCUCGCGUAUGGUGCCAGUCUACGAUGUUCGGAUCAGGAUGGAAAAUCGCCCCUACACAUCGCAGCAGAAGCCGGGCACCUACCCCUAGUCCAGCUUCUAGUCGAGAAUAAUGUGGACGUUGAUAUCCUGAUAAGGGACCAUUCUCAUAUGUCCACAGCAACAACACCGCUAGCAUAUGCUGCCCUAGCGGGCUAUGUGGACAUAGUCCACUACCUCCUCCACCGUGGUAAGGCAAGGAUGAUCAUGAAUGAUGCAUAUUCCUGCCUGAAAGUAGUCGUCCAGAACGGGCAUCUGCAAGUGAUUUCAGCGUUGAUUCAAGCCGAGCCCGGUCUCAACGCGGCGGCGAAAGCCAAAGCCCUGCUGAAAGCCGCUUCAUGUGGACAACUCCAAAUUCUCGUAUUGCUGGUCCAAAGCGGAGCUAGUUAUACAACAACGGAUCGGCGUAAACGAACGGGCCUUCAUCAUGCCGCAUCUGGAGGGUGGCAUGAAAUCGUGGACCGUCUUCUCGAUUUGGGUGUGGACGCCAACACAGUGGAUGUGGACGGACAAACAGCGCUGCACAAAGCAGCACAAGGCCCGAGAGAUUCGGAGGAGAAGACAGGCCACGAGCUGACCAUUCAGUUGUUGAUUGCCCGGGGAGCCCGGGUCGAUGCUCGAGACAACCGAGGAAGAACGCCUUUAUUUAUCGCCGCUCGGCAUAUAUACUGGCCUGUCUUGCGUCAAUUCAUACGCACUGUCAAUGAAAACAUGCACCAGGACCUCGCCUUGGCGAUCAGUGAAACGUUAAGAGAUCAAGGCGAGACUCCGACACGGUCUGCUGUACAGGCCGAGAUUCAGGCGCUCAUAGAAAGGGCGCGGGCAAUGGAUGAGGAUAAGCGCAAGCAAAGCCUAGCAACGGACGGUCAGAGUAAGAUUUCAGCGAGCGCAGAGAACAGCGACGAGAACUAUGAGGUCGAUAGUGAUGACAGCGGUGAGUAGUUGGAU